GCCGCGGCAACAGUCUCCGCCGUGAGGGACCGGGCCGCCUUGGCCCCUCCGCUUGCCGUCUUUUCCGGCAGUUGGGGCGCUUCCUGUUGUUCGCACCCGUAACCGCUCCUCGGACCCUACCUCAGAGCCCCUCGGGCGUCCCGUCCCCUCCUCUGGUCGGCUGGCUGCUGGUGCUGAGGUUUCGCUUCUACUCACGUCGAGACUGCUGGCCCGGCCGGCGUUUGCGGCUGUCGGCUGCCCUCAGCCCUGCCUCCCCUGGGGCUCUGCAGCCAUGGCAAUGACAGGCUCAACACCUUGCUCGGCCAUGAGUAAUCACACAAAGGAAAGGGUGACAAUGACCAAAGUGACACUGGAGAAUUUUUAUAGCAACCUUAUCGCUCAACAUGAAGAACGAGAAAUGAGACAAAAGAAGUUAGAAAAAGUGAUGGAAGAAGAAGGCCUAAAAGAUGAAGAGAAACGACUCAGGAGAUCAGCACAUGCUCGGAAGGAAACAGAGUUUCUUCGUUUGAAGAGAACAAGACUUGGAUUGGAAGAUUUUGAGUCCUUAAAAGUAAUAGGCAGAGGAGCAUUUGGUGAGGUGCGGCUUGUUCAGAAGAAAGAUACAGGGCAUGUGUAUGCAAUGAAAAUACUCCGUAAAGCAGAUAUGCUUGAAAAAGAACAGGUUGGCCACAUUCGUGCGGAGCGUGACAUUCUAGUGGAGGCAGACAGUUUGUGGGUUGUGAAAAUGUUCUAUAGUUUUCAGGAUAAGCUAAACCUCUACCUAAUCAUGGAGUUCCUGCCUGGAGGGGACAUGAUGACCCUGCUGAUGAAGAAAGACACACUGACAGAAGAGGAGACUCAGUUUUAUGCAGCAGAGACAGUAUUAGCCAUAGACUCCAUCCACCAACUCGGAUUCAUCCACAGAGACAUCAAACCAGACAACCUUCUCCUGGACAGCAAGGGCCACGUGAAACUUUCUGACUUUGGCCUUUGCACAGGACUGAAAAAAGCACAUAGGACAGAAUUUUAUAGGAAUCUGAACCACAGCCUCCCCAGUGAUUUCACUUUUCAGAACAUGAAUUCCAAAAGGAAAGCAGAAACCUGGAAAAGAAACAGACGUCAGCUAGCCUUCUCCACAGUAGGCACUCCUGACUACAUUGCUCCUGAGGUGUUCAUGCAGACCGGGUACAACAAGCUCUGUGAUUGGUGGUCGCUGGGGGUGAUCAUGUAUGAAAUGCUUAUUGGCUACCCACCUUUCUGUUCUGAGACCCCUCAAGAGACAUAUAAGAAGGUGAUGAACUGGAAAGAAACUUUGACUUUUCCUCCAGAAGUUCCUAUUUCUGAGAAAGCCAAGGAUCUAAUUUUGAGAUUCUGCUGUGAAUGGGAACAUAGAAUUGGAGCCCCUGGAGUUGAGGAAAUCAAAAGUAACUCUUUUUUUGAAGGUGUUGACUGGGAACAUAUCAGAGAGAGGCCUGCUGCAAUAUCUAUUGAAAUCAAAAGCAUUGAUGAUACCUCAAACUUCGAUGAGUUUCCAGAAUCUGAUAUUCUUAAGCCAACAGUGGCAACAAGUAAUCACCCUGACACUGACUACAAGAACAAAGACUGGGUCUUCAUCAAUUACACAUACAAGCGCUUUGAGGGUCUGACUGCGCGGGGGGCAAUACCUUCCUACAUGAAAGCAGCAAAGUAGUUUCCUUGAAAUGGGAUCCUAAAUCGAGCAGUUCUUUGUACAACAUCAUGGUUUUCUUCUCACAUAACUGUUUUGAAAGAGCUUCGAAGAAGUUUAUGGAACCUACCAACGUGUCAUGGUAAACUCCUGAAAUGUGAUAGUAAGUGGAUUCUCUUCCAUGAUGCAUCUGAUGACCUGUAGAACAAAGACAACCAUUUUUACUACAUCAGCCAUUAACGGCUGUCCUGCUUCUUUAGAAGCAUCAUGAGCCAAUUUGAUGUUUUAAAAAAACUUGAGUUUUCCUAAGUUCAUCAGAAUGAAGGGGGAAAAACAGCCAUCAUCCAGCAUUGAGAUUGUAACAUAUACUUACUGAGUAUCAGCCAAUUCCUGUGAUUUUGUGACAUAUGCUUGCUACCAAGCCCACCAAGUAUUUUUUUUCUUUACAGCUAAAAGUUCCAUAGUACUAAGGAAACAAAGCAAUAAAGAAAGCUUCAGUAGCCAGCAUUCUGGCUGAAGGAAAUGAUCCACCAUUCUGAGUGGGUGACGGUGGUAGUUUCUCCCCAAACCUCAGCCUCGGGCAAGUAGCUUUUUAUAGCCUCCAUUCAUGGUGCACUUUAUUUAUGGUACUAGGAUAAAGACCCUCAGUCCAUUUUGAUUUCCUUCUACCCAUCUGAAAUACUCAUGCUGCUUUUCUGAGUGUUGAUGGGAAGAUACCAGCUUGAUCCUUUGUUGCUCUUAGAAGGCCCAAAAAGCCACUGGGCAUUGAUUGCCAAGGAGUCCUGGAUCACGUGGAAAACCCUCACUUUCUCUUCACGGCUGUAUUAGAAAAUCCCUUUGGAUGUUGCCGUGGACUAGCAAUACCCACAAGUGCUGCCAAAAGGACCUCGGUUUAUUCCUGGGAACACAGCAAGGAGAGCCCAGGCAGAAGCAGGAGGCCUCGAACCCUCUUGGCUAAGGUGCUGCUCCUGCUCCGUGUCCAGACCUCCCUGCAAGUGGUGAAGGAACGAGCCCAAUACAAAGCGCAGAGCCAGCCUGCAAAUCCGUGCGAAGUUCACGCCUCAAUCUUUGGUGCAACUGUAUUUGUAUCCUCUUAGUAUUUCUCCUCUCACAACUUUAAGUAACCAUUUUGCCUUGGAAUCAUGAUUACAAAUUUUUCCUUUGCAGAUGCCUUCCUGGGGGAUGGUCCUCUUCACCCUAAAGGGUCACGUGCAGGCCUGGGCUGACCAGGCCUCUCUGCUGUGGUGUUCUCUAGAGAGACCCUCUGAAUUUUAGCACAAAGUGCCUUUUCUUUCACAGCUGCCACCGCCUUUAGAGGACUUUUGCUGCAUCAGAAGAAUGUGGAGGCUCCAUAUUAAUGCAUUAUUACUUUUAAAAAUUUUGAUAACUCUUAAAGCAUCAUUUGCACCUAUGUGGUAACUUUGCCUGUUGCAGAGUGUCAUAGCCAAGCCACAGCUGGGAGACUGCUUUCUGCCAGUCUUGAGGUUGUUAACAUCAGCUAUGAAAGGAAAGUACGUCCUAGCUUAGCCAUUCAGAAAAGAAAAAGAAAAAUGGACUAUCAGAGUUACAGUAGUAAGUGAAACUGCUUUGGGUUUUAAUGUCUUAGAGGAAGAAAAAAGAAUAUUAGGGAAAUAUUAACUCUGGAUGAAGGUAAUGUGUUUCCCCUUAUUCUUUCAUUCAUGGUUUGCUAGUGAAAAGGAAGUGAGAUUCUUUUGUGUAACUUUGUAGCUUCUUUGGAUUACCAAAUAGUUGGGGUCUUGACCCCUAUGUGUUUUGCAAGAGUAUGUGGUAAGCAUGGACAAUGAGAGGUAAUGGGAGGGUGGUAGGUAGUCUGUGUGUUGGGGAGUGGCAGGGGAUAAUUUGUUUUUGGGGGGGAAUGCCCACAUUUUAACUUUUAAAUGUCUGAAUAAACUGUGUGAAA